GUAGACUUUAAAGGUUUAGAUCGGCUUAAUCGUCUACUUUUGAAGAAAAUGAGGAUUAUUUCGGUGGUGUUUGCAGCAACGCUGUUGGCCUCAACAUUGGCCGUGAAUUUGCCAGGAGUACCAAGAGAAUUCACAGCCAAUGAUGCGGUUCUAUCAGCAGUAUCCGAUGAGAUUGCUCGUAAACUUGCCGAGGAAUAUAUCAAAUUUAUGAAGACUGGUAUCGAAUCAGCCUCUCUACGCCAGAUAUCUACCCAGCUGGCCAAGUCCCAUAGUAAAAAGGAUAUUUUCACCAAGGAAAUCCACGAAUUGGGAGCUGUGGAUGAGUUCUUCGUUUGCACCACAUGUAGGGCUAUGAUGAAUGUCAUUGCCCGCAGUUUCCGCGAGGAAGAUGGAGAGCUGCAUGGUCAGGACAAUCGUGAUUAUGUGAAAAAAUUCGUCAUUGGUUUCUGUGAUCGCCUUGAUAUACAAACUGAAGAAGUUUGUGGUGAACUCUUUGAGAUUCACUGGGAACAUGCUCAAUAUAUUAUACAGAAUACCGCCAUUGAUUCACGUGAAUUCUGUGGCAUGUUCAUGCAAUUUGGUUUCUGCAAUGUUGGCUCACAUCCCGAUUACGAAUGGACUUUGGAUGUGGAUGAUAGUGUGCCUGCCGCCACAGCACCCAAAUCGGAUAUUCCUGCCAAGAGUUCGAAUGAUUUGAAGAUUUUACAUGUCACCGAUAUACAUCAUGAUCCUUUGUAUGAGCCCGGCUCCUUGGCCGAAUGUGAUGAGCCCAUGUGCUGUCAACGUCAUAAGGAUGUGGCUCAAGGUACCUCUAAGGCUGCUGGCUAUUGGGGUGAUUAUCGUGAUUGUGAUUUACCUUGGCAUACAUUCGACAAUGCCUUGACCCAUAUUAAGGAAACUCAUAAAGUGGAUUAUAUCUAUCAAACUGGUGAUGUUAUUGAUCAUAUGGUCUGGGCCACCGCCGAAAAGAGAAAUCAAGAUAUCUAUGAAAAGGUCACCAAUAGAAUCUAUGAAGUUUUUAACGAUGUGCCAGUUUACCCCACUAUUGGUAAUCAUGAGCCGCAUCCAUUGAAUAUGUUUGCCCCUGACUAUGUUCCCGAAGAGUUUAGCUCCAAACCCUUCUACGAACACCUCUAUAAGGUAUGGUCGAAAUAUUUACCCGAAGACACCAGGGACACCAUUCUCAAGGGUGGCUAUUACACCACAUUGGUGAAAUCUGGAUUCCGCAUUGUGGCCCUGAAUGAUAACGAUUGCUACACGGACAAUUGGUGGCUAUUCUUCAAUGGUACCGAUAUGAAGACUCAAUUAAUGUGGUUGCAUGAUGUCCUCUUGUCUGCCGAAAAGGCCAACGAAAAUGUUCAUAUCUUGGCUCAUAUACCCUCUGGUGAUGGUACCUGCUGGAAUGUUUGGUCUCGUGAAUAUAAUCGUCUUAUUGCGCGUUUCCGCCAUACCAUCAGUGGCAUUUUCAAUGGUCAUACCCAUAAGGAUGAAAUGAAUGUUCAUUAUUCGAAUGGUCAUGCCAUUGGCAUGUCAUGGAAUGGUGGUGCUAUGACUACAUUCUCUUACAGAAAUCCCAAUUAUCGCGUUUACCAUGUGGAACCCCAAAGUUAUCAAGUUGUUGAUCACGAAACCUGGCUUUUCAAUUUGACUGAAGCCAAUUUGGCUGGUGAAUCUGCCCAACCAAAAUGGUACAAGGAAUAUACCUUCUCAGAAGAGUACGACGUCAAGGAUCUUAGUCCAGCUUCUAUUGAUGCCUUACUCGAUGUUAUGGCCGACCAUCCAGAUUUGCUUAGAAAGUUCUGGCGCUUCAAGAUGACCUCAGCUGACCCUGCUCUAGCAGGCGGUUGCGACAAUGGCUGCCUACUCCAUACCAUUUGUCGCAUUGCUACCACUGUCAAUGAUCAAAGAACUCGUUGCGAAGAAUUGAGACAUAAACUAAGCAUUGCGCUCGAGAAUGAAGCAACAUCCACCGCAACUACACCUACCACCACCGAAAAGCCAGAUGAUGAAGAUGAUGGUGCUGUUACCAUGACCGCCAUUAGUUUUACAACAAUGAUGGCUGUAUAUGUGGCAGCUUCCAAUGCAUUUUAGGAAAUUUAUACGAUAAUUGUAACCUGAGAUUUUGAAUUGCAGCGAAAUAAAAUAAUUUUUAGUCUAUAUUUUUAAGAGAAA